AUGCCUGGAAGAGAAGGAGGGAAAAAAAAACCGCUCAAACAGCCAAAGAAAGACUCCAAAGAUAUGGACGAAGAUGAAGCAGCUCGCAAGCAACAACUACGAGAAGAAAAGAAGAAAUUAGAUGAGGCAAAAGCAAAGGCGUCCCAACGGGGACCUUUCGGUGGACCUGGACUUAAGAAAUCUGGCAAAAAUUACAUUGCAUAUACUGCCAUUUGUGCCCUGAAAGAUCCAAAAAUUGAUUUAAUGAUCGUAAGGUAUAUUAUCGAUACUGGUGUAACUAAUAGUAAACAAAUCGAAAUAUUACGAGAUAGUUCUCUCUAGCUUAAAAGUGUAGAUGAAUUCUUAUUUAUAAUAAUAAAU